UGUUUCCAUACCAAUGGUCUUUCUGGCAAUUCAGCUACAGAAAUAUUACUUUUCCACUGCAAAGGAGUUGAUGAGGAUCAAUGGAACAACCAAGUCUUUUGUAGCAAAUCAUCUAGCAGAGUCUGUAUCAGGCGCCAUUACAAUAAGAGCUUUCAAUGAAGAAGAUCGCUUCUUGGCAAAGAAUUUUCACCUCAUUGACACAAAUGCUAGCCCAUUUUUUCAUAGUUUUGCAGCAAAUAAGUGGUUGAUUCAGCGGUUAGAAAUAAUUUGCGCAGAAGUUCUCGCCUCUGCAGCACUCUGUAUGGUUUUGCUUCCAACUGGAACUUUUAGCUCUGGGUUUAUUGGAAUGGCGCUUUCUUAUGGUCUUUCAUUAAACAUGUCAUUGAUCUAUUCAAAUCAAAACCAGUGCACUAUAAGGAGACUCAAAACAUGGAUGAAUAUUUUCUGGGAUGAUGGGGUUGGAUGCCAAACUGAAAAUUCUUACUGCAGCAAAUCUGAUAUAAAGAGCAUAAAGGUGAGGCUAGGGGCGAUUAAGAAGAAGAGGAACGCUGUGCUGAAGUAUCUGAAGAAUAAUGUUGCUGUUCUUCUCAAGAUUGGCCUUGAUAUUAAUGUAUAUGGAGGGUUAAGUUUCAUGGCUCAUUAGUUUUAAUGUAUAUGAUGUGUCAAUUUCAUCAUUGUUUUGCUUGGCCUUAAUAGAAAUUAAUACAAUUCCCUAAUAUUUAAAGUACAUUUGAAUUUCAUGUUA